AUGAACCUAGACAGAGGUAUGGAGACGUCAAAUAAUCAAUAAUCACUAAGAGAAACACAAGAAUUUAAAUGCACAUCUGAUGUUUUAUAACAUGUUAUUUUUAAAAUAGAUUUUCACAUCAUGAGGAAGAACGAGAGAGCUCACUUUUUCAGCUCUAAAGAGCAGGAGCUCAUUUUAAAGUUGUAUGAAGAAGAGAGAGAAAUCCUGACAGCCAAAUCCAACACGACCAGCGCCUCCAGACUGAGAGAAGAAGCCUGGCAGAGAAUUGCUGAUAAAAUCAACACGUGAGAACACUUAAAGAAAAAAAACAAUUUAUAGUAUAAAAAGUCCAAUAUCUGUGCUAAAAUGUGCUUGUAAUGUCAUAACAAACGCUAAAAGAGUUUUGUUUUUCUUUACUAUAUCUGAUUACUUAACUUUACUAUACUUCUGUUUCAGGGUGUCAGACAGUGGCUACAAAAGGACGUGGCAGCAGGUGAAAGUCAAACACAAAAAUAUUGUCCAAACAGGUAACUGUAUUUAAUUAAAGGGAUAUUCCGGCGUAAAAUUAAUUUAGAGUCAAACAACUGUACUCCAAGUUAGACACCCCCUCCAGAGAUGAAUGUUGCAGACCGCUUACUUCUCUAGUUAUACCAACUUUAGCAACGACCGCAGGAUAGUAAUACACAAACCUCGCCAUAAACAAACCUCAACCAAAACGCCGCUCUAUAGCCACAAAUAAUGCUAAGAACAGUACCUAACUUCAUCAACAGGACACAUCAACAGUGUUGCUAUCAUGCGGUUGUUACUAAAGUUGGUAUAACUAGAGAAGCAAGCGGUCGGAAACAUUCAUCUCUGGAGGGGGUGUCUAACUCGGUGGUACAGUGUGUUUGCCCCUUAAUUAAUUUUAGGCCAGAAUAUCUCUUUAAAUCAGUGAUAUUAUUGAACCUUUGUUUGACAGUAGCAGCACUUUCACCUCUUACAUGUCUCCUCUGCAGCGAAAAGAAGACGGCUGGAGGUGAUGAGGUUGAAGAAUGAGACCGGGUCAGCCACCCCGUCUCUGACCUCUGCAGAGGAAGACGUACUUUUGCACAAAGACAACAGACUGAGAGACGACAUCCUCCCUGUAGGGGCCUGUAUCGAACCCCUGAGUGAAUCUGAAAGUUCAUUCAUCAGUGGUGGGUUUAUUUAACUUCUGCUCCACACCAGUUUCUUUUCAUGUUCCUGCUCAGUUUUUAAACAGUUUGUAUCUUUUUUUGUUGUUUGUUUAAAUGUAAUUAUCAAGAUUGCGUUUCUCAAUUCUCAGGCCAUCCUGUCCUCCUCCUGCCUGUGCCAAAGACUGAACCAGAGAGCCUGAGCAGUGACGAGACAGACGUCAGUGACACACAUGUUGAAGCGGUAAGUACUGUUAAUGGUGACAAACUUUGUUAACGAAGUGCUUUUCUUUAAUCAAAAAAGGUUGGGCAUGCACUACAAAAUUCAGAUCAGCUUUCAGCUCAAGUAUAGCAUAUUAUCAGGUAAAUGAUAAGAUAAAGUUUACAAGAUUAUGGUGAUAUGUUGGACUUCAGUGCUACAUGUACAAAAGUGUCAAAUUACACUUGCAUGUCAGCGCAUUUUCAGAAAGUAUCAGGACAGCCUGCAGGAGUUGGACCUUGUUUGACAGGAUGAGUGAGGUCUAAGAGGCAGGACAAAAUGUAGAAAAGUUCAAAUUUAGAGUUAAAUAUAAGCUGAGGGUUUUUGGAUCAGUUAAAGAGGACUUUUUUCUUUAACUAUUUUACAUGUCUGUUCCAUUUGCUUCAUAGGACGUUCAGUGCAGCAGCUUCCAGGAUCAAGUAAACCCAACGUGUGCGACAACCGACGGCAGAAGUGCAGGGGUGAGUCUUAAUUCCUGAUUAAAGCUCUGAUUCAUAAAAGAGAUUAAGAUCGAUUCAAACACAUUUGACUUUGAUUUCUUUCACAGAGGCAGAAAGAGGAUGUACGGGCGCUUUACUGCAGCUACCUCAGAAAGGAGAUGGAGAACCGAGACCAGCAGAUGGCUUUCAGAGCGCUCAAAAUGAAGAAGUUGGAGAAAGAAAUCUUACUCCUGGAUAAACAGCUGAUGUGA